AUGGCCAGAGAUAAAUGCAGACCGAGCAAAAAUAGUAGUCGAUGUAAUGGUAAGGAUAUGAUGAACUUUGAAAGGGAUUCGGCUGCCUUGUUAACAACGAACACUCGGUUAGAUUCAAGGAUAAGCUUACAAUCAGUUGUUUGUCUAUUGCAGAGAUCAAACACUAAUGGUGAAAAUCGAGCAGCCUACCCGGAAGAUGUACCGCCAGUUAUAUCAACACCCCAUCAUUAUCUCAUCAGCGUUUAUCACAACCAUCUUUAUCUUCUUGCCGUAACUGUGUCGGAAACCCCACCAUUAUUGGUAAUCGAAUUUUUGCAUCGAGUCAUUACUACAUUUGUGGAAUAUUUCGAAGAAUUCAGCGACAAUGCAGUUAAAGAAAACUGUGUCAUGGUUUUCGAACUAUUAGAUGAAAUGCUUGAUAAUGGUUUUCCACUGGCUACAGAAUUGAACGUUUUACAAGAGCUUAUCAAACCGCCUAAUUUCCUUCGAACUAUCGCUAAUCAAGUGAUGGGCCGAACGAACGUUUCGGAAGUAUUGCCAACUGGACAACUUUCAAAUAUACCUUGGAGAAGAGCUGAUGUUAAGUAUACAAACAAUGAAGCUUACUUUGAUGUUAUUGAAGAAAUUGAUGCUAUAAUUGAUCGGCAAGGUGCUACUGUAUUCUCUGAAAUACAAGGAUAUAUAGAUUGUUGUUGUAAACUUUCUGGCAUGCCUGAUCUAACGAUGUCAUUAAUUAAUCCAAGAUUGUUAGAUGAUGUCUCGUUUCAUCCCUGCGUACGAUUUAAACGAUGGGAAAAUGAGCGAGUACUGUCAUUUGUGCCACCUGAUGGAAAUUUCCGCCUUCUCUCCUAUCAUAUUGGUUCGCAGAGUAUGGUUGCAAUACCGUUAUAUGUGCGUCACAAUAUAUCACUUAAGUCCGGUGCUACUGGACGAGUCGAGCUAACAGUUGGUCCGAAACAGAGUAUGGGUAAAGUGUUAACAAAUCUGAAUAAUGACAGUUUUAAGUUGGAAGAUGUUAUCGUGGAGAUGACAAUGCCGAAAUCAGUGCAAAAUUGUAUGCUAAUAUCGAGCACUGGAAAAUGCUCUUUUGAUCCGACAACGAAAUUGCUCCAAUGGAAUAUUGGAAAAAUUGAACUGGGCAAACCACCUACUUUAAAAGGAACUGUCUCUGUGAGCGGUACAGCAAAUGUCGAAACGCCACCGAUUACCGUACAUUUCAAAAUUAAUCAGUUGGCUGUAUCGGGGUUGAAAGUGAAUCGCCUGGAUUUGUAUGGUGAGAAGUAUAAGCCGUUCAAAGGUGUUAAAUAUAUCACUAAAGCUGGAAGAUUUCAGAUGCAACCACAGAGCAAUCGGAUGGAAGCGGCGGAGACAGGUGCUUUCGGUGAUCUCAAUAUUUGUAUUGCAUAG